AUUCAGCGCGUUGUCCAUAACAAUAAUUACGAAAAAAAAAACCCCUCGACUCGUGAACAGCCCAACUGUCCUGUGCGUGUCCGCGCCUACAUCUUUCCACGACUGUGUGCACACGGAGCCUACAGCUCGAAGCGAUCAUGGCUUCGGCGCCAGCUCAACUUCCUUACCUCAAACCACCCGACCUACUACCGUCCCCUCUACCUAGCAAAUCUCGUUUCUUCGAAUCACCAGCCGUGUUUCGGAAUGAUUCAUCCUAUCACAGGGUGGUUGCAAUCGAGCCUCAUUUCAUUGUCAAACACGGACGUGGUGUUAAAGAGAUCGAAGGCCAAGCACUUCUAUUUUUCAAGCACCACUUAGAAGCUUUACCAUAGCUUGCCCAAACUCUACGCAAUGUAUCGUAUAGCAAGUGCGGGCUAUAUCUGCCUGAUUAUGCAGCGUAUGCCUGGCGUGUCACUCGAGCACUUGUGGUCUACCCUCAAGGACUUCGAGAAAUCCGACGUUUGUGCCAAAUUGAACGGAAUCAUCACAUCAAUCCGAAGCAUCCCAUUGGGAUUGGUCCAUGGGUUCAGGUGGGGUAUUCAUUUCUUUCUAUGCAAUAGGAAAAUGGGAGUUGACAAGAGAAGAGCUUGUUUUCACAUAGGCAGAGGUACCUAGGCUCUACCAGCUUUUCAGAACCAAAAAAACAAGGGAAAAAAGUGCUCAGUUUUACUUGGCCUUCCUUCUCUCACAUCUUACUGCCUAUCAAGUAGACCUCUAGGGAGUGAUUGAAGUUGGGACAGCAGAAAACGGAGUACUUACUAUUCCUUGUACAUUCAUUGAACUCAACCGCCUGUAACUAACUCCUGGCAUCAUCAG